CUAGAAAUGAACAGGACCUAAGCUCAGACUCCUGCAAUGCCGUCUGACAUUCCUCUCAGUAUGGUCUAGACGGAAAUCCUACGAUCCUUCGAAUUAAUGGAUUUGGUAUUUAAUAUGCGCGCCAAGUCACGAUGGACUCAGGCCAAGAUAUUCCUUAGAACUCACCAUGCAUAUCGCUUCAUACGUCUCCGUCGCGUUCACUGUGCUUGGCCUGGCCAAUGCCUCGCCGAAAGGAUGCACUACCAAGCGAUCCCCUGAGCCAAAGUUGGAGAAUGGUCAUUACAUCGUCGACCGCGCGACGAAGUUCGCCAACAAGAAGGUUUGGACUUUUAAUGGAAAGAUUCUUCCUGAGGGUCUUUACUCGAGCGAUUAUCCCGUUGGAAAGACCCAUGUUUUCACUUCGUCUGGUGUCAAGGUCCGCAAUGGGUACCUUGAGUUGACGGUCCCUGGUGGCCAAAAGUCCAAGCCCUACAAGGCUGCUGAAGUUGCGACUGAGAUUGAGAAUAUCAAGUACGCUUCUGUCCGAACGACAGCUAUACUCAGCGAACCUGCAGGUGUUUGCAAUGGAAUGUUCUUCUACCAAUCCGACAGCCAAGAGACCGACAUCGAGUGGCUCUCUGAUCCUAAGUCCGAGUCCAACUACGACGGCAUUCGAAGACUAUGGUUCACGAACCAAGAUAACGAUGGCGACGGCGAGCCAUCUCACAAGCCUGUUCUUCCUCCUUCAAACCCUACUACUACCGAGCACGAGUACCGAAUUGACUGGACCAAGGGCCUUGUUCAAUUUUAUGUUGAUGGUGUUAAGCAGUGGUCUACUAAGAAGGAUGUCCCUAACGUUCCUGGGCCUUGGAUCUGGAAUAACUGGUCUAAUGGUGAUAAGGGUUGGAGUGCAGGACCUCCUAAGCAGAACGCUGUGUUCAAGAUUAAGAAGAUUGAGAUGUACUACAACACUGCUUAGAAGGUGUUUGGACAGGUGCUGGGUUGGUGAAGUGUUUAAGAUCUACUAUAAUAUUUGCAUUUGAAUAGCUUGCAUAGAACUUGGAGAAAACAACACAAAAUAGAGUCAAGAUACAAUGUUGUCUGGAGAAGA